AUGAGCAUCAGGACCCCACCCACACUCCUGCAGCUGGCAGGAGAGAUCCUGCUGAGGGAACAGGCGUUGGCCAUCACAGCUCUGGAGCACCUGCCCGCCGAGCUCUUCCCGCCACUAUUCAUUCAGGCCUACUAUAGUAGAUGCCACCAGUCCCUGAAGGCGAUCACACAAGCCUGGCCCUUCAUUGUCCUCCCUCUGGGCUGCCUGCAACAGCUGUCACUGGACGAGGCCUUAAAAGCCGUGUUGGAUGGGCUUGACGUUCUGCUUGCCCAGGAGGUUCGCCCCAGGAGGUGGAAACUGCGGGUGCUGGAUUUAAGGAACCUGGGUGCCAAGUUCUGGAGAAUGUGGUGUGGAGACAGCACCCUGAAGCGCUCACCGACAGGACCAGUGACUGUGCACAGGUUCAGUCCCAACAUGGAGCACUCCUUAGCUCCCGUGGUGGUGUUCCUAGACCUUAACUUCAAUGACAGGGACAGGGAUGAGUUGUUCAUGUACGUCAUCCAAUGGGCCCAGCAGAGGGAAGGGCUGCUACACCUGUGCUGCAAGACGCUGAGGAUUGCUGAGGUGCCCUUCCAGAGGGUGAGGAAGGUCCUGGAUGCGGUGCAGCUGGACUGCAUCCAGGAGGUGGAGGUGAACUGCACCUGGGACCUGCCCACCCUGGCCACGUUUGCUCUUUACCUGGGUCAGAUGAGGAACCUGCAGAGACUCUCUCUCUCCUUCAUGCACGAGUUGACAGGGGAGGAGGAGGAGGAAGAGGAGCAGGAGCAGGAGGAAGAACAGCAGGACUGGGAGGAGGAAGAGGAGCAGGAGGAAGAAGAACAGGAGUGGGAGGACGAAGAUGAGGAAGAGGAGUGGGACAGGGAACAGCAGGAGGAGCAGCGAUCCUUUUCCCAAUUCCUCUCUCAGAUGCUCAGGCUGCAGCACCUCCGCGAGCUCGACAUGGAUUCCCCCUCCUUCCUCCGAGGCCGUCUGGACCAGAUGCUCAGGUGCCUGCAGACCCCCUUGGACAAACUCUCCAUAACAAAUUGCCCGCAGCUGACUCAUUCAGACCUGACACACCUGUUCCAGUGCCCGAACCUCAGGCAGCUGAAGUCCCUGCGUCUGUACUGUGCCAGCCUCGCUGAUUUUAGUCCUGAGCCCCUCCGAGCUCUGCUGGCGGCAGUGGCACCCACCCUCCAGGACCUCGGCUUAGAUAACUGUGCCAUCGUGGACUCCCAAGUCGAGGCCAUCCUGCCUGUCCUGAGCCGCUGUCACCAGCUCAGAUUCUUCACCAUCACUGAGAACAACUUCUCCGUGGCCACCGUGGAAAAGCUGCUGCGUCACACAGCCGGGCCGCGCAGUUUAGAGCUGGAGCUGUACCCCGUCCCCCUGGAGUGUUACACGACCCACGGCACUGUCAACCAGGACAGACUUGCCCUGGUCCGGGCUGAGCUGACGGGGAUACUGAGGGAGUUAGGACAGCCCAGGACCAUUCUGCUUGCCACCAAGCAUUGUGGCCACAGGGAGCUUUAUGACGUGGCAUUUUCAUGA